AUGAAGAAUGUUGCCCUUGCCUUGCUGUCCACCGCCCCCGUGGUGGUCUCAGCUCAGGAUUGUAUUUCUCUCAAAGGCUCAAAGGCCUGCCCGGCGUUUGAGUCUGCGUCGAUCUCCACCAACGCAACACUGAUUGAAUAUUUCCCCUUUCUGCAAUAUGUGUCAGACAGAGCGUCUUUCGACAACCAGAUGUCGAGCUACGUUAAGACGGCCUAUGUGCAGGGAAAAUAUCAAUCCCUGUUUGGUUGUGGCAGUGUCGACCUUCAGGACCCUAGCGACAUGUACGCGCGCUUCACGACAACAGUAUUGUGCAAUGCUAUUGUCCAAAACUCUAUCGGUCCCUGCGGUCUCACCGAUGACCAGUCCCGACCCCUUUGCGCAGAUAGCUGCGCGGAAUUUGCCCAAAGCGAGGCAUAUGUGACAUCAGAUGACGAUCUAUGCUCCAACCCGUCGACUGACCUGCUUAAGCUGAUCAGAGCUGACUUCACUAACUGCGCCCUUCCUAAUGGCUCACUCGAUAGUUCGAUGUGCAUUUCGGGCAUCGAAAACGAAUCUCAGAACUGCGGUUAUGGCAACAGCACCGUGGGGCUCUGUUCCUAUUGCGGCUCAGGAGGUCUUAAUUCGACUGACACCUGCUGCUACAACUCAAACGCCGAGGAGCGUUGCAAGGACGUCAAACUGCCAGCUCUCACUGCUACUCUGACCUUUUCGCGAACACUGCCAUCGGCUACAUCAACCAGUACGACUGCCGCUGGCAACGACAACAACAAGGAUGACGAAAAGACCGACGACGACGAUGAUGGCGGCUUGAGCGGUGGAGCGAUCGCUGGCAUUGUUAUCGGCGUUCUGGCGGGCAUUGCACUGCUCGCUCUGGGUCUUUUCUUCUGUCUCAGGAGGCGACGCAGACCGAGCAGCCCCAAGGGCAGCAUUUUCAACCAACCUUCGCCCGCAAGACAGGGUGGGACUAUGACACAGACAGCACCACCGACGGUAACACACUCUGCUGCUCCCCAGGGCUACGAGGUCCUUCCGGGUGGCCGCAUAGCACGCAUGUCUGCUCUGGAAGGACAUUCUGGCGACUCUCCCUCACACCACCGUGACGACUCGUCGAACAUUGGAGGCGCAGCAGGCUACCGACGAAGGGGUGCCGACAACUCUUCGUCUGCAUCUGACGGCUUCGGCGACAGCCCUGCUUCAGACAUCCGUGCCGGAAUUCUUCGACCACCGCCUGCUAAGCCCAGGCGCAACGGCUCACUCUCAAGCAGCUCGGCGCUUGGGAGCUCGGUGCCACAGUCCCCAACUAGUGCUGGGGGAUUCUCAUCACCACAGGCCAUGACUAGCCAACAGUCAGAACAGCUACCAUUUUUCAAGGACUACUACUCUCAGGACGACGUCCACCCUGGCGACCGGGUUGCGGUUCUCUGGGCGUACCAACCUCGUGCUACAGACGAGUUUUCUCUGGAUCGCGGCGACAUGCUCAAGGUUGUUGGAAUAUGGGAUGAUGGCUGGGCGACGGGUGUGAUGCUCAACGAGCGGGCGGAUGAGUGGGAAGCGCGACGACAGGCCCAGCGAGACAGCGGAGUGUCCAACACGUCGGGGCGCCGUGACAGCUCACCGGCAGAAGGCGAAAUCAAGGCAUUCCCCUUGGUGUGCGUCUGCCUGCCCGAGCACUGGAGGAAGACAAUCGAGGGUGACGGUUCCACGGAAUCUGGAUCGAAUGGUUUCAAUACUCACUCGCCACUCUCAUGA